AUGGGGGUGGGGAGAGGUGUCUGGGGCUGGGAACAGCAUGCCUGGCAGAAGGAACAGCCCGAGCAAAGGCCCUGCGGCAGGAACUGGCUGGGCGAUCCUCCAGGCCCGCCAAGGAAGCCUGUGCAGCGAGUGCAGGAGGGGAAGCCAAAGUGGGAGGAGGAGGAGGAGGAGGAGGAGGAGCUGGAGGAAGAGCUGGACGAGGAGGAGGACGAGGAGGAGGAGGACGAGGAGGAGGACGAGGACGAGGAGGCGGAGGACGAGGACGAGGAGGGGCUGGGGCCCCCGGGCUCUUCCGGCCUGGGUCCCGCGGCUCUCAUCCCCCGCAGGGCCCCGCCGUCCCAGGCUUUCCGGGGUGACGGCGGGCCCCGGGUGCUGGGCAGCCAGGAGCGCCCAGGGGCCGGCCUGGCCCACGCUGGAGGGGCCGCCCACGUGGCGCCCCAGCUGCAGCCGCCGGACCACGGGGACUGGACAUACGAGGAGCAGUUCAAGCAGAGGCUGUUCGAGAGGGAGGGGCGCAAAGAGGCCCUGGACAAAGCCAGCUGCGGCCAGCCCCUGCGGCGGCCCCAGGUGGACCCUGCAGCACCCCAGCUGGGCCUCGGUCACCAGGCAUUUACCGGCCGGGCCGUGUUCGGCAUCCACUACACCCCAGACCCAGGGGGCACAGGGGAGGGGCCGGGACUGGCCUUGCACCAGCAGCCACGGAACACCAGUGUCAAGACCACGAAGGCCGUGAAGCCAACCCGAGGAACUUCUAUCCUAUUGUCCCGGGGCCCAGCUGCCCUCCUGGCCGUCCACCUCUGCUCCCUGGAGGCCGGCUCUGCUGCAGGGGACCCUGGGGGCGGGACGCCCGUGAACCGCAUCCCCAUCAUGGCCAAGCAGGUGCUUGACCUGUUCAUGCUGUACGUGCUGGUGACGGAGAAGGGCGGCCUGGUGGAGGUCAUCAACAAGAAGCUGUGGAGGGAGAUCACCAAAGGCCUCAACCUGCCCACGUCCAUCACCAGCGCUGCCUUCACCCUGCGGACCCAGUACAUGAAGUACUUGUAUCCCUACGAGUGUGAGAAGCGCGGCCUCAGCAACCCCAACGAGCUGCAGGCGGCCAUCGACAGCAACCGGCGGGAGGGCCGGCGCCAGAGUUUCGGGGGCUCCCUGUUCGCCUACUCGCCGGGCGGGGCCCACGGCAUGCUGUCCUCGCCCAAGCUGCCCGUGCCCUCCCUGGGCCUGGCCGCCAGCACCAACGGCAGCUCCAUCACCCCGGCCCCCAAGAUCAAGAAAGCCUGCGAGAGCCGCCAGGACUCGGCUGCGAACUUGACCAGCCCCAAUGGCAGCAACAGUAUUAGCAUGUCGGUGGAGAUUAACGGGAUCAUGUACACAGGAGUGCUGUUUGCUCAGCCACCGUCCGCUCCCAGCAAAGGCGGUGGUGGUGGCAGCCGGGGAGGGACCAGCGGGACCAGCAGCAGCAGCAGCAGCAGCAGCAGCACGGGCAGCCAGGCCGGGCCGGCGGGCUUGUCCACACCUGCCACGUCUUCUACCUCAAAUAACUCAUUGCCUUAA